GCGGACGGGGUUGCUUUGGCAGCGGUUACUUGGUUGGUUAAGGCUUGCGAAGGCUUCACCAAAUGUCAGUUGAUCGUAGCAGGCCGUCGGGUUCGGUUCGGAAGUUAGUGGUUUUUAGUGCACAGUAGGCUUUGGACGAACGCGAGAAAGACUAAUAAAACUGAAGUGUGGUGUGCGCGCGCGCUUUCGCAUUGGGAUAUAGUCGCCGCGAUCACGUUGUUGCAGACUUCGUUUUGGAAAGUGAUCGAUCAACUUCGAGAGGAGUGGAACGGAUUUUUCUGCUCGGCACGGAUUGUAUUGGGUACUUUGUUUAAGACGAUUUGGUGGUCGCGUGUUUUGGAGAUUUUUCUUUCCUGUGUUGUGCUGACCAUAUAUCUACAUAUGAUUUGUAUCGAUAAGUGAGGUGCGCUGGGAAAGUGAAAGAGGAGUGAAAUUGUGAAGAAAUAUUCAUCGCAGAAAAUCGUAUGAAUUGAUAUUUUGGUGAUUUUUCGCAAGAAGUGUUGAAGAUUGUAAGUUUCAGUUUGAAAACCGAAUUGUGCUUGAAACAAAGCAAAAAUCUCAAGUGAAAAUUUCAGUGUCGAAUGAAACUGCAUACUCAAACCGGUACAUGUUUUUUCCUCGAUAAACGAGAAACAUCAUAAAACUGUGGAGAAAGAGGAAAGUCUUCGACCGCAAACAGUCCGAAGAGUGUAUGUACCUAAUUGUCUAGGGGGUAUUGUGGAGAACCAGAAGCACCCUUGCGUGACGAAAACCAUCUUUCCAACGAAGAAAACUAAUAUUCUGUCCGAGUUUAUGUUCUGAAUCGACUGCGUCGAGUGGUGGUGCAUAGUGAAUCGUGUGGAUCAUAAGAAUUGCUGCGCUGUGCUGUGUGGAACUUAGAAAAAAGGGAUUGGCCUCCUGAAACAGCGCAGCGUUUGAGAGCGCGAUCGUGGAAAAGGCAAGGCCAACUCGAUUUACUUCUGCUGAGACUUGGGGGCGAUCAGAAUACGCGCGCGCGCGAACGGGCUACUACGACCGACGAUCAACGGAAGGAGCAAAAGUUAAAUUGCACAGAAUCGCGCCGCUGCUGAUUGCAGACUCGUGUAAUUCCACUUUGUGUGCUGAUUGGCGCGAGCCAAUCCGCCGGAAAGCCAUGUGCUCCGUUAGAACCAUCAUCGUCGCCGUCGUCGUCUUCGAGUGGCAGCUGCAUUAGUAGGUCAAAUUCUGAUCUAACUGUGUCUCACCGUCUCACCGUGUGAUCGGUGGGAAUUUGUUUUCCACGUGGGAAACCGCGUCAGACGGACGUGCGCGAUGACGUCUUCGAAUGAUAUCGGUGGCGGUGGUGGAGGAGGUGGUGGUCAUAAUGGGCGACAUCAUCAUCAUCACCAUCACCGGAGUGGGAGCAACAGUCAGAACAACAAUAUAGUGGGGAGGAGGAUCAGUAAUGUUAGUGUGAAUAAUAUGCAUCACAAUAAUAACAACAACAAUGGCAGUUCAAACAACAUCAACGCCAGCUACAAUCACAACAACAACAGCCCUCGGAUGGAGAAGGAGAAGGACUGGGAUUUUAAGAAAAGUACAAAAUAUCCCGACUCGGACGACUGUGAUUCCCUCCCGCCACCACCUCCGCCAGAGGACGAUCCCUACUUUGACGACCUUCACUCGCCAACGACCCUGCAUCACAACGGUCACCUUCACCACCUGAACCUGAGUCUGGACACGUCCCCGCACGGAGCCGACUCCAGUCCCGAGAAACCCCGCAAGCAUCGAUCCAAUUCGGACAGCAGUCAGACCAAGCACCACCAUCGGAACGGCGGAGGGCUGCACCAUAAAUCGUCCAAUGGACAUCAUCAUCACCACCACCACCAUCACCACCAUCGGCAUGCGAACAAGAACAGCCGGGCGGACUCGGUCCUGUCCAGCGAUUCGGACAUUCGGUUCACCCGGAGGAAGCUCGGCGACAACCAGAAGUGCGGCUGUGCGUUGAUUGCGGGCUUUCUGCUAAUACUGCUGUUCGCCGGAGUCAUUGUCUAUGUGGGAUACACCUAUCUACGGCCAGAACCGCUCCCGGAUCGAAUAUUCCGAGCGCGGUUACGAGUGGUGGAUGGCGAUCACUGGAUACCGGAACUGGCAGAUCAGAGUACUCCGCGAUUUCAACAGCGAGCACGGGACUACCGGGAACGAAUCAACCUGAUCAUGCGACGAUCCGAUCUGAGGGAACCCUAUGAAGGAAGUGAAAUACUGGCACUUGAUGGCAACGAAGGUGAAGAUCUGACCCUGCACUUUGCGAUGUACUUCGAUCCGUACGCCGAGCUGGUUUCCACGGCCGAUCUGCACUCGAUCCUCAUGGAGGAGAUCAUCUCCGAGCACCCGCGAUACUUUCGUAACCUGACCAUCGAUCCAUCCAGCUUGAUUAUCAAGGAAGUUCUCGGGCAGUUUGACGACAUCCCGGGAACGUCGUCAUCGCCACUUGGCGGAAAGGACGACGAGAUUAGCGAAGUGGUGACCACCGUACGACCUCCACGCAAGUGUGAACCCCUGCGGCUGAACUACUGCCGGGCGGUUGGUUACAACAUGACGACCUAUCCGAACUUCUUCGGUCACGGAUCGAUCGAGGAGGUCGAAGCGGAUCUGAUCUCGUUCCGGGAGCUGGUCGAUGCGGAGUGUUUCCGGCAGGCGUUCGACUUCGUCUGCCGGUUGUUGCAGCCGCCUUGCGAGUAUCGCAGGAUUGAAGAACCGGUCGCCGGGAAGAUCUGUCGACAGUAUUGUCAAGCUUUCUGGAAUGGAUGUGGUGAUCGGUUGCCAGAACGGUUCAAGAAGUUCCUGGACUGCGAACGGUUUCCGGAGUCUACCGCGAUACAGUCGUGUCACAGUAGACCGGGCUGCGCCAGCGAACUACAGUCGAACGCCUUGUCUUCGCGGCUGUGCGACGGCGUGGCCGACUGUCCGGAUCUGUCCGACGAGAACACCUGUACGUUCUGUCCGUACGGUGCGAUCUACUGCGGUAGAGGACGGGUCUGCUAUGCAAAGAAUGCACGCUGCGACGGAAAGAUGGACUGCCCCGAUGGAAGCGAUGAGAAAGAUUGUCUUUCAAUCUCUCCUCAAGUGACCUACCUGACAUUCCCGGCGCCGAUCGUGCCCUACCGGCCACGGUUCUUCUCCGAAGGGUACGCAGUCUUCUCCGAGAAGGGCACAACCGGUAAGCUGUGCUCCGUGGGUAUGGAAGGUAACGACUACGUGCGGAGUACGGUUGCCGAGUCGCUUUGCAAAGCUCUCGGCUUCGAGCGAGUUGACUACUCGCAGAUUCGCAACGAUACGGAACCGAACACAAGCUAUGUGAGGGUGCUGGAUCCGAGGGCAUCGGAGAUCUCGUUCGUGAGGACUACCUGCCAGAGCAAGCAGUCGCUGUACGUGAGUUGUGGACAGCUGGAGUGUGGCGUUCAGUCUGCUUUGCCGAGUGCUCCUAAUGUGGGGUUGUCCAAAAUGGCAGCUCCUGGAGAUUGGCCUUGGAUGGUGGCGUUGUUCCGCGCAGAAACGCACGUUUGCGAUGGGACACUGGUUUCUUCGGAUUGGGUUCUCACAACGGAGUCCUGUUUCCAAGGUCAAGCGAAAGCAACCUGGAUGGCAAUUUUCGGAGCUGUGCGCUUGACAUCCAAUGCACCUUGGACGCAACGUCGACGUAUCAUCGGCAUGGUCAAAUCACCCGUCGAAGGUAGCACCGCUGCCCUGGUCCGCCUGGAAAACCCCGUCAUCUACUCAGACUUCGUCCGUCCGAUCUGCCUACCGGAUAUCCCCCUGAAGGAAACCAUCGACCGCAGUGACAACAUCGUCACUCCCACUCCUCACGCUGAAAAAUUUUCCAAAUCGCGACCGAAGAAACGCAUCAAGGAGUACCGGCAGUACUUCGAAACCCCCGGAGAGGACGACUCCUCCGGCGACUACAACGAAGACGCCGAAUCCUCCCGCUACACCACCAACGAGUUCAACGUGGAGUUCGCCGACGAAGGCUCCCAGAUCCCCAAGGCGGAAGCCGUCCAAGUCACCGGCACCAAGAACCCUUACCCCCUCCCGGAAAACUCCCCGCAAACCAACAACUACAUCUCCACGCUGAACUACAUCGGCAGCGGGUUCCAACCGCCCAAAGCCAAGCAAACCCUGUGGACCAACUGCAACACCCUCGGCUGGAGUCGCCAGCGGGAUCACCUGCAGCGAGUGCAGCUCAAGAUCAGCGACAUGAAGCCCUGCGAGAACAUCUCGAUCGCAACGGUCAACAGCAUGUGCACGGAGGCGGCUUACCACAAGCAGGACUGCAGCGAAGAAGAGUUCGCCGGCAGUCCCGUAGUGUGCCUGCUGCCCACCGAGCGGAAGUGGGCCCUGGUGGGAGUGGCCUCGUGGCGAAUCGCUUGCGCUCCGAAUGGCGUAGAGCGGCCUCGCAUGUACGACAAGAUCACCUCCAACACCCAGUGGAUUCGGGAAACCAUCGCCGCCACGGUGUAGCGUUGGAGCUUGGGGUUCUCCGCUGUGAGACAGUAGUGAUCCACUUGAUGUGCAAAUAUUAAGUUUAUAGUGCGAAUGUGAGUGGGAGUGAAAGUUCCAAAGGAUGAUUCGAUUGGGGAUGUCGCAAAAUUGUCGUUCAAUCGAAAUCUUCGAUUGAUCGAUUACAGACUAAUCGAUCAAUUGAAACAACGGUGACAUCCCUAGCAUGUGAAAUUGUAUCUAUCAAUGCCAUUUGAUUACCUUGAGAUCGAGCGAUGAUCUGGUUCCCUUUCUGAGCAUGCAUGGUUGGGAAAAAAAAGUUUAGAACAUGUAUGUUUUAUAAUCGAAAACGAUGUAGAAAUGUUGUGUACACCCCUAGUUUUCUCGCGCUUAUUAAUAUCUAACGAUCUAAUCACCUGUGAGACAACGAACUUACUUUUUACGAGCAGCUCAAACAAGUGUAUGUAUAAAGGAAAAUUGUCGUUAUUUUUUAAAACCCUAUUUUAAUUGUACGAAUUACACUGUUGUAUUACUGUUAUAGAGAUCUUUAACUCGAAUUAUUAACUGAAGUGUAAAGAAAAAUUAUGCGACAAUCCGAAAUUCUAAGCGAAUAAAAAUAUAAUAACA